GCUCGCGAGAGCGGAGCGGAGUGAGAAUUGAACUCGCGAAGGUUGAAACGUCAAGAUGGCAGAAUUCGGGUCGCUCGCGAUCCCGACAUUGUUUACGGUUUUAUUAUUGUUAUCAGCAGCACUCGAUGGGACUUGCAACCCCGUAAACAUAUCGCUGCAAAGUGUCCCCGAGUCCCUCGUCCGUACGGCGAUUAAUUCGUUGAACGCAAAUUCGCCAACGCAGAACACGUACAGGGGCGGAAACCUGAUUAGCGCGCAAAAAUUGUUGGAGCCAAGCUUUGUGAUCUACAGACUGACCUUGAACCUGGAAACAAUAUGCUCGGAGGGCUCGACAAGCUGUCCCAGAGAGGCGUGCACCAUAGACCUGAAAGACACGUCGGGACAGGUGGAAGUCAACCCGAAUACCAUACAAUGUUUGUACCUAUACCCUCAGUCCAUUCAGGAGGAUAUCCAGCAGUUGCAGCAACAGCAGGAGAGUUUCACCACAGAAGGCGACUUUGACAAAAGCACCUUGGACCUCGACCACGAGGUUGCAGCGGCAGCUGAGGUGCAAAAACCAGACGCCGAGUCAGCUGAGCCAUUCAUCGCGGUCAGGGUGGCAAACUCGAAUUACUGUGCAGGUUGCCCUUAUGAGUUGAAUCCGAAUUUGCCAGGGUUGGCCGCCUUUGUCACCCAAGCUCUGGACGCCAUGGAUAGACUCAGACAGAACGAGCACAUGUACAAAUUCAUAAAGAUGCAGAAAGUGACUCGGGCUGUUCCUCCAGGUUCUACUAUCGUAGAGUACAAGCUGCUUGCUGAAAUUGGAGAGUCAAACUGUCUGAACAAUGCAGUUACGGAACGCUCGUUAUGCUCGCUGCGGAGUGACUCCCCUAGUAGAUGGUGUCUGAUCACGUUCCAAGAGCGACCCUGGAUACAGGGCGACAGACAAAUCGUCGGAAACAAUUGCACCGCACGUUCAGAUCAGGAGAAUGAAGUAAGCCCUGUUUUGGGUGCAGAAACUUCGAAUUCAGGAAACACAGGGGACCUGCUGUCGGGAGAAAACAAGUCUGAAACUAAGGGACUACAAGCUUUAAGGGACCCUAAUGAACUCCAUACAAUAGUUUCAGACCAAGUAUCGGGCCAGGAAAGUCCUGUGGUGUCUGAGGCUCCCAUAGUGAGGGUGGAACUUGAGCGGCUAGAUAAUGGACAAAGGGUACAAGGAUUCGUUAAUAAGCAGAAAGAGUUUGAGGAGUUUUUGGAGGACUUUGAUAUACCGUUGAGAACAGAGACUGCGGUAGUGGGCGAUCAUGCUGACGGGAGGCAACCGGUAUCCGAGGAGAUAAUCAAGCCGGAGAAAGUGGAAAGAUUGGCGGUGAAUUCUGACGUGUCCUCUUUGUCCUCAGAAUCAAACUCCAAUGAGAGUGUAGAAGACGCGCGACCAAAUUUGCGGCAAGAAAGAAGCAACGUCAACAGGAAUAAGCAAGGCCUCGGAAGUUCCUCUUCUAUCAGCCCCAAUAACGAGGCUGUUAGAAAUUUUACAGCUAUUGGACUUCAGAAAUUGUCGGAAACAUAUGAGGGAGAGAAUGAACCAAUUGUAGUUAGUGUAAUAUCGGCAACGAAACAGGUUGUGGCGGGCGAUCUCUACAGGAUAAAAGCAAAAAUUGGAGCCAGCACCUGCCCGAAGGGAACGAAAAACAAUUGCCAACUACAGGCUGGCAGCGAGCCCCAGACGUAUGAAAUUAAAGCAUGGUCAAGGCCGUGGCUUUCUACAGGGAAAUUGGAGAUAACGGUAACACGCCAAUCGAGUACCAGCCAGAGAGAGAAACGUAGUCGGCCGGCAGUGGGUACAGAGUUUGCGCGAAGCAUCGAUGACCCCGAGGUGAAAAACUACGCUAAUCUGGGUGUUAGUAAAUUUUCGAAAAACUCAAAUGGAAAGAACGAGUACAUGUUGAUCGAAAUCGUGUCUGCGACCCAUCAGAUUGUUGGAGGAAGUCUGUACAACAUAAACGUAAGACUCGGAGAGAGCGACUGUCCCAAAGGAACGAAGAACAACUGCCAACUGAAGGCUGGCAGCCAGGCACGAGAGUGCAUAGUGACGGUCUGGUCAAGGCCGUGGCUGGAGUCAGGGACGCUGGACGUGCAGGUGAACUGCAAGUCGAACAAACGAGCGAAGAGAAGCUUGAGAGGCAAGGACUAUAGCAGGAAGAUGCUGGAGCAGUCCAUGUACCUGAGAAACGAGAGGCUGUUCAACGACUUUGUUGUCAAGUAUAACAAAAGCUAUGAAACUUUGUCCGACAAGAAAUAUCGCUUCAAAGUUUUCCAACAAAACAUGAUGACUGUUCAAGAGCUGCAACGUAAUGAACAGGGAACCGCGAUUUAUGGCGCUUCGAUGUUCGCCGAUCUGACGAUACAAGAGUUUAAACAGUAUUUGGGACUGAAGCCAGAGCUUAGGGUAGAAAACGAUAUCCCAAUACCAAUGGCUGAGAUUCCUAACGACCCGCUUCCCGAGUCUUUUGACUGGCGUGAUCACAAUGCAGUAACGCCGGUGAAGAACCAGGGAAGCUGCGGUUCAUGCUGGGCGUUUUCAGUCACCGGAAACAUCGAAGGGCAGUACGCCUUGCGUCAUGGAAACCUGCUCUCGUUUUCCGAGCAGGAACUGGUCGACUGCGACACACUUGAUGAAGGCUGCGGCGGCGGUUUACCCGACAACGCGUACAGGGCGAUAGAAAAAUUAGGAGGACUUGAGCUGGAGUCAGACUAUCCCUACGACGCGGCUAACGAAGCUUGUCACUUCAACACUAGCGAGGUCAGAGCAAAGGUCGUUUCUGCGGUAAAUAUUACCAGCAAUGAGACGCAAAUGGCUCAGUGGCUGGUGAAAAAUGGCCCAAUUUCAAUCGGCAUUAACGCCAAUGCGAUGCAGUUCUACAUGGGCGGCGUUUCCCAUCCCUACAAAUUCCUCUGCAGCCCGACAAACCUUGAUCACGGAGUACUGAUCGUGGGCUACGGAACUCACACAUAUCCCAUCUUCCAUAAAACACUGCCUUAUUGGACGAUAAAAAACAGCUGGGGUCCGCAAUGGGGCGAAAAAGGAUAUUACAGGGUGUACAGAGGCGACGGAACGUGCGGAGUCAACCAAAUGGCGUCAAGCGCAGUAGUCGCUUGAAGAUUAUCGCGUGGAAUUGUUAAUUAGCCUAAUAACUUUGUUAAAAACUCCCAACGCGCUAUACAUUUUUUUGUUUUUUGUUACUAUAUUAAAAAAAUAUGAAAUUUCUUUGAUUGAAAAAGAGAAAAAAAAGAUACGCCUCGAAUUUUUCAAACAAAGUUUAACGUCUUAUACUUUGAUGUACGUAAUUAUAUUCAUUACGCCUGUUAGAAGCUAGAAAAAUCGGUCAAGCUUCGAACAGCAAGUUCAUUCGCAUUUACGAAACUGGGCUCAAAACCUUAUCGUUUUAAUAAUAACAGCGAACAACGAAUGAAUAAAUUUGCUAGACUAGGUGACGAUUUGUAACACGGUGUUUUUUUUUACUUUUUAUUUUUGUUCCCUUUCUGUAGAUUUGUACAGCUAUUAAUCUCUCGAGCUGAUGAAAAAAAUCUAACAAGUAUGUUAACGUUUACAAGAUAAUAUUAAAAAAUAAUAUUAACGUGUUGCAAGCAAAAAGAAAAAAAAAAAAAAAACUAAAGAAACUCAGAAUUUCCAUGACAUUAAAAAAUUACUUUAAUAUUAUAGUAUCGAAAUGUACGUUAUCAACGAUUUCUAUUCUUUUCUUUCUCUUCCUCUCCCUCUCUCUCUCUCUCUGCGUUCUACUAAAUCCGAAAUAAUUCAGACGUGUGUCGUAAACGGUAUAAAUCGUUUGCAUGAAAAAGAAAAUAGAUAAUUCCAUAAUUAGGGAAAGUAAGAGAAUUUGGAGUUAGAUGUGUUCAUCUUGAUAAAAAAAUUUAUAUCGACCUAGAUGUCAGUCAUUUGAAAAAUAAAUUGCUAAGGAUUGAUUGAUGCGCACACUCACCCCACACUUGGGUGGGUCUUAUUUGUUUAUUUCAGCUCCGCUUUUCUGUUUCAAGUGUCCAAUAAUAAUUUUGAUAUUUUUUCAAUUAACAUACGUGUAAUAAUAGUUAUUAUGAAUAAAGCAUUAAUAAUAAUAACGAUUAAA